AUGCUUGGAUUCAGGCGUUCCUCAAAGGAUAAAAAGUCUCCCAAGACGCCUAAACAACGUUCGAUUUCGUCAGCCUCGUCAAUCUCGUACGCUUCGAGUCCGUUGAUUAACAGCUCAUCCAAUGAUUUUGCCAAUCACACCAAGGUGAUCCAGGCCAAGUUUUCGUAUACUCCUCAGCGAUCUGGUGAGAUUGGGUUUGACGAGGGCGAUUUCUUUUUUGUUGCUGAGAACGCGAGUUCCUCGCAAGAAUGGAUCGAGGCCCAGGAUCCAAACAAGAACCUUAAGGGUCUUGUUCCAACUUCGCAUUUCAAAUUUUUGGAGAAGUCAAACAGACUCGAGGAGAUCAACGAAUCUCUAAGUCCGGGCCCCGGAUUGGCCGUUCCUCCCAAGAGAAAGUCCUUGACGAUCCUCUAUGCGAGGGUCCUGUAUGACUUUAAGGGCGAGAGAUCCGACGAAUUGAGUGUUACGGCGGGCGAAAAUAUCAUUAUAUGUGCACAUCACUCGUUUGAAUGGUUUAUAGCCAAACCUAUCACCAGGUUGGGUGGGCCUGGCCUGGUGCCUGUGAGUUACGUCCAGCUUUUGGACAUGACUACGCGGAUGCCUUCCAAGUUGAACGUUAGACAGGUGAUUGAGACUGAAGAAUUGCCUACUGUGGAGCAGUGGAAGGUUCUCAAUGCUAAAUAUAAGGCAGGAUCAAUUGUUGUUGGAGGAAAGACAAAUGACUAUCCUAACUCCCAUCAGAGCGUCUCAAGAAACGGUUCCAUAGGGGACACCAACAGGACCUCGAUGAUGAAGAAACAGAGGUUCCAGAGCCAGCUCGACUUGGUCUCGUUGUAUGUGACUGAAGUGGACACUGAGUCGUUUGCCAAUACGAGUGGAAAGUACUGGUACCUAGUGAGAGUUGCUCUUUCCAAUGGGUCCACCAGAUCUCUCUGCAGAUUCUACGAGGACUUUUUCAACUUCCACCAGACGGUGCUGAACGCUUUCCCACGUGAAGCAGGCAAAGUCGAUGGAGUUCCAAGGGUUUUGCCGUAUAUACCAGGUCCUCUUGCCGAUAUAAACGAGUCGCUGUGUCAUAAGAGACUGCCUGAUCUGGACAGGUACUUGAAGGAAUUGGUAGGAUUCCCAGAGUACAUCUCUCGUACUCAACUGAUCCAAUCGUUUUUCAACUUGAAAGAUGGAGACAAACAAUUUGCGCCUACAGACGAUAUACUUCCCGUGCAUCCUCUGAGACCUCCGCCAGACUUAAUAGUGCUACCCAACACAGGAAGCGGCAACUCUCCAGACGAGAACUACUACCCUCAACAGCAGCAGCAACAGCAGCAGCAGCAGCUGUACACAUCUAUAGCCAUGCGGAACUCGCAAUACCAACAGGACAGGAUGUCGCAGUACGAAAACGUCAAACGAAACUCCAUACCAUUAUCGCAGCUUACCAACAGGAUGAGUGGACUAAACAUAGCGGGAGCUACUCAGCGGCAAACGUCGUCUUCUUCUUCAUCCUCUGUGGUUUUUAACCAACAAGCCAAGGACCCAAUGCCUUCCUCGGACGUGAAGCUUAAGCUGAAAUUCUACUACAAGUACGACAUUUUUGCAAUAGUCGUUGCUGAUAACUCGAGUCUAGCCGAUAUCAAGACCCAAGUUCUCAAACGAGUUGACGAGUCAGAUCUGGACGGAUCCUCUAUAUUAUCCGUCCAUCUUUAUCCCAAGGAUUCUACGAAUGCUAGCGAUGCUAGCCAUGAUGCCGCCACGGAAAUUGUGUCUGACGAACAGCUCUGGAGCAGUCCAGCCUUUGUGGAUAAAGGUAGGAUUUUGGUGGUUGUAGAUGAAGCCUGA